AUGUCACUAGAAGAAGUGUUUUUUGGUUUGCGAUGUACCAGUGAUAAUAAAGCAUAUUUUAUGGAUCAGUCAUCUACAAACUUUAUCUUUAAUGAAGUUCAAAAACCAUUGAUAUGCAAUGAACGUAGUUGCUUUUUCGUGAAACGCGCAGAAAAUACACCGUUUGGAUAUUCGUAUGUGGCUCAAGGUGACUGUACAGGUAAAACAUUUAAAGGUGCAGUUUGCAAGAAGGAUUUUACUAAUAAACCAGUAACUUCUCGGAUUCACGCUGAACAAUAUUGUCGAGAGCGUAACGGUUAUAUAGCAGCAUUUUCUUCAGAAGCUGAAGAAGCGUUUAUCAAAAAAAGUUUAAAGAAAGGAAAGGGUAUGAUUCGUUUUCCACUUGGUAUCUUCAGAGAACAUGGUCGAUUGAUGUUAUUUGGACAGCAGAAUGCAAACUAUCUAAAUUCAAAGUUAGAAGAGUCUGGUUAUGUGAUCAGAGAAGGUUACUGCUACCAGAAGAAACUUUUGUUUGUUGAUGGGUUUUUAAUGCUCGAUACAUUUGAUUAUCAUCCAUGCCUUGGCGAGAGACUGCCAUUGACUGAUGUCGUCUGUAAAUCUGAAGACGUUGUUCAGGCAAUAGAGGUGAACUGGUAG